CUCAAUUACGCUAGGUUUCCCCAACAUCCCAGGCCCGAUCCUGAGAAUUCCCUCUCUAGAACUGGUGCUGGUGCAGGGACAUAGUCGCCAUGCACACACUAUUCCCUCUGAUCACCGGGUUAUCCGUCGCCGGCUUCGCAGUUGCUUUUCAAGAACAGACCGGCAAGACAAAGAGUUGCUUCUGGAGUCCAUUAGUCGCAGAAGAUCAGCUCAUAUGUGCCGCGCCGCUGUCGAAGCAACGGCCACGUACAGUCCUGAAUGUCAAAACCCCAGAACUCUGGGAUCACAGGUCCGGCGAGCGAUAUGAACCACCUCGAGAAUACACUGUCCCACCACCCUGGCAGGGUCCAGAACACUGCCACAUAGAGUUUUGCAUAUUCUCCAACCCAGACGCCGGCGAGGGUAUGUCCCUCGUCACCACGUCUCGCAGCGCUUUCGUCGUCGCCACGUCCGAAAUGCCCCUGAGCACAGGCCUCGAGGCCGGCGCCUUCUACGAGACCGAAAUCGCCGGCAAGGGCAGCGGGUUGAUCGCAAACCGGACGAUCCGGAAGGGCGAGAUCAUCAUGGAGCGGCCACCGGCCCUGCUGAUCCAGUCGGUCCCGCACGCCGACCUCAGCCCGGAGGUGCGCUCCGACGUCUACCAGGCCGCCGUCGACCGGCUGCCCGAACCGGCCCGCGCCCGGUUCCUGCGCCAGGUGGGCAGCAACAUCUACGACAAGAUCGACCGCAACUCCUUCCGCAUCUUUGUCGACGGCGACAGGAAGCAUUCGGCCCACCUGGGCGUCUUUCCCGAAGUCAGCAAGUUCAACCACGACUGCCGACCUAACGUACACUACCGCCUCAGCGGGCUCAAGCACACCACCGUCGCAGUGCGCGACAUCCCUGCCGGCGAAGAGCUGACCAUCUCCUACAUCUACACCGGCAUCGCGCGCUCCAAACGGCUCAGCCAGCUCGACCAGUGGGGCUUCGCGUGCUCGUGCCAGCAGUGCACACUAAACACCACCGAAUCCGGCGCGUCCGACAACCGGAUCCGGCAGAUCAAGGACCUGGAGGCCGAGAUCGAGGAGCUGAUGAGCCAGAAGCGGCGCGGGGUCGGGUUGCGGCCCGAGAUGGGCGGGAAGCUGGUGCAGCUGUAUCGCGAGGAGAGGUUGGAUGCGUAUCUGGCGCCGGCGUAUACCAGGGCGGCGCUGAUUUAUGCCAUGUUUGCGGAUGAGGACAGGGCGAGGGAGUAUGCGGCCGAGGCGGUGGCUGCGUUGGAGAGGGAGACGGGGCCGCGUGCGAAGGAUGGGGAGUCGAUGAGACGGUUGGCCGAGGCGCCGAGGGGGCAUUGGGCUUGGGGGGUCAAGGUUAGGAAGGGGAGGGGUGGUGGGGGGAAGAAUAAGACGGAGGGGGGUAAAGCGGAGGGGAAGGGGAAAUAG